AAAAUCACAUGAAAAUUGGGGCGGAGAAAGGCGGGUAGAGUUGGGAAGGAAAGCAAGCUGCAGAAGUUGCAGCAGAAAGGUUAGGAGGCCGGGUGAAUGUUCUAGUUUAGAGGCAGAGAGCAAGUCCAAGGACAGUAGGACUUUUUUCCUUUUCUGAUUGUGAAGCGUGCUGGAGAAAAAUAUGGAAAUAGUUUCCCCAACAGUGAUUAUAUUCCUAGGUUGCAUUGCUUUUUUAUUACUCCUUCAGUGGAAAAAUUUGCGUGGACCGCCGUGCAUCGGGGGCUGGAUUCCUUGGAUUGGAGCUGGAUUUGAGUUUGGAAAAGCCCCUCUAGAGUUUAUAGAGAAAGCAAGAAUCAAGUAUGGACCAAUAUUUACAGUUUUUGCUGUGGGAACCCGAAUGACCUUUGUUACUGAAGAAGAAGGAAUUGAUGUGUUUCUAAAUUCCAAAAGAGUAAAUUUUGAACUAGCAGUGCAAAAUCUCAUGUAUCGUGUAGCAUCAGUUCCAAAGAAUAUAUAUCUUACACUGCAUGAAAAACUUUAUAUUAUGAUGAAAGGGAAAAUGAGGACUUUUAACCUAUAUCAAUUCCAUGAGCAACUGACUGAAGAAUUGCAUGAACAACUGAAGAAUUUAGGCACACAUGGGACAAUGGAUCUGAACCACUUUGUAAGGCAUCUCCUUUAUCCAGCCACCAUGAAUACACUCUUUAAAAAAGACUUUUUCCCCACAAACAAGAGUAAAAUCAUGGAAUUCUGUCAGCAUUUUGAAACGUAUGAUAAAGGUUUUGAGCGUGGGUCCCAGAUGCCAGAAUGUCUGCUAAGAAACUGGUCAAAGUCCAAAAAGUGGCUCCUAGCACUGUUUGAGGAAAACAUUCCAGAUAUAAAAUCUUAUACAGCGGGAAAAGAUAAUUCCAUGACAUUAAUGCAGGGUGUGCUGGAUAUCAUAAAGAUGGAAACGAAUGAACAAAAAAGUCCCAAUUAUGGACUCUUACUGCUUUGGGCUUCUCUGUCUAAUGUUGUUCCUGUCGCGGUUUGGACACUUGCAUUUGUCCUUUCACAUCCCGAUAUCCACAAGACUGUUAUGGAAGACAUAUCCUCUGUGUUUGGCUCACCAGGAAAAGAUAAGAUUAAAGUAUCUGAGGAUGACCUGAAGAAACUCCUUCUGAUUAAAUGGUGUGUUUUAGAAGCCAUUCGUUUAAGAGCCCCUGGUGUCAUUACUAGAAAAGUGGUGAAGCCUGUUAAAAUUUUGAAUUACACUGUUCCUUCUGGUGACUUGUUGAUGUUGUCUCCCUUUUGGCUACAUAGAAAUCCAAAAUACUUUCCUGAACCUGAAUCGUUUAAACCUGAACGCUGGAAAAAGGCAAAUUUAGAGAAGCAUGCUUUCUUGGACAGCUUCUUGGCAUUUGGAAGCGGGAAGUACCAGUGUCCCGGAAGGUGGUUUGCUCUCUUAGAGAUUCAAAUCUGUGUUAUUUUAACUCUUUAUAAAUAUGACUGUACUCUUCUGGACUCAUUACCAAAACAGAGUUUUCUCCAUUUGGUCGGUGUCCAGCAACCAGAAGGACAAUGCCGGAUUGAAUAUAAACAAAGAAAAUGA